CACAGAUUCGUCUUAUAGCAACCACACACAAAUGAAUCCUUCUUACUUCAAAAUUCUAGAUGUUUGUUAUUUCAAUCAUCUAAGCAAAUUAAGAGAUCGUUUCUUUACGAAUGAUAUGAUACAUAGUCGUCAGUUGAGGAUUCAUAUGGCCGACCUUAACUUGUUUGGACUGAGGUGUAGUUGUUGUAUGUUUUUUUUCUUUUUUCAGAUGACAGCACAAUUUCAUCUUCCUUCUCCACUUGUUAGGCCUCGGGAGGUCUAUUUCGCGAGGCACUCUCGACAAAUAGAUUUCAACACUUGGCUAGUAGCUGAUGUAUCCUUAGAGAGUGUUUAUCCUAAUCCAUUAGUACAGUUUAAAAGAAGACCAUCAGGAUGCCUAAUCCAUGGACUUCAAAGUGGACUAUCAAUGGUGACUUGGGUGGAGAAUAAUUUAGUAUGUGAUGGUUCGAUUCCCGAGAUGUUUAGGCAGACGUUUAAAUCAGGUGUUGCAUUCAGAGCGAAGCGCUGGAUGCUAACCAUGGAGAGACAUUAUGACAGAUAUGCAGUUCUGCAGAAACAACAAAAUCAACUAUUGGGACAGCCUUUGCUACACAACAACAUAGGGAAAGGACAGAAGAAUUUAAUGAAGUUAGCAGAACGAACGAUCAAAAGUUUCAAUAGUAUCUAUAGCUCAUGCAAUGAAAACCAGUGGAUGCCCUUGAGUAUACAAGGUGGUGAGGAUAUAUUUGUGAAAACAAACAUGAAUUUAGAUGCUCCAGGAACCCCUCGAGGCGUUGUAGUAAUGAUUUCAACUUCCGUAUGGCUACCAAUACCACAAAACAACGUUUUUAAGUUCCUUCGUGCAGGAGGAAAUCGAUGGAAGUGGGAUUUACUCUCCUACGGGUGUAUGACUCGAGAUGCACUUCAUAUUCCCUCAGCAAGAGACCCUGCCAACACUGUUUCACUAGUCAUAGUGGAGCCUCCCAAUGGAAGAACAAACAAGUCAGAGAUGUUUUACCUACAAGAGAGCUUUACAGAUUCAACAGGAAUGUACAUAAUUUUUGCACCAGUUGAUGGUUCAGCUGUGAAAUAUAUAAUGGAAGGCAAAAACACUGAUAAUGUAGGCAUGUUGGCUUCAGGAUUUGCUGUGUUACCUUGUACUUCUGAAGGAAGUAUUCUAACAAUGGCAUUUCAGUUGAUGGAUGAAGAGAUAUCGACCCCGGAGUAUCUUCCUCCACUUGCAGUUUCUACAGCAAACAGACUCGUCUCGGAAACAGUUUCACUUAUCAAGGCUUCAUUGAUGUUCAACUCUGCAUUUUGAGACAUUGUUUUGUUUAGUAGAGAAUAGAGAAAGUUCAAUUAGGCGCGAUUUUACUUGUGUUAUUGAAGUUGUUGGCAUGUUUUGUUGCUGCUCCUUAUAUCAACUCUAUGAUUUCUGUUUAGUGGUAAGAACAAUUGUUUUUGGUUCAACCAAAAAGUCGGAUCGAGGAUCUAUCAGAAACAACCUCUCUACCUCUCCCUACCUCUCCCAAGGUAGGGGUAAGGUUUGUGUGCACACUACCCUCACCAGAACCCAUUUGUGGGAUUAGAUUGGGUAUGUUAUUGAAAAAUGAGAUAAUCUCCACUCGUGAAGACUCGGAAUGAUGAUCCAAGGGUCUAUCAGAAACGACCUCUCUACCUCCUAACGCAGGGGUAAGG